GCUGGGUGGAGCCAGGCCAGCUGCUACACAGACUGUCUGGGUGGCUGGGUGUCUGGGUGGCUAAGGGACUCUCAAUACUUCUACUGGAGAAGCAAAGAGACUGACAUGGAGCAGAGGAGGGGUCUGGUUGGCCUCUUCCUGGUGAUCUCUCUUCUUCAAGGCACUGUAGCCCAGACAAAUAAAGCAAAGAAUUUGGUACAAGUGGAUGGCAGCCGAGAAGACGGUUCUGUACUUCUGACUUGUGGCUUGACUGGCAAGACUAUCAAGUGGCUUAAAGACGGGAGCAUAAUAAGUCCUCUAAAUGCAACUAAAAACACAUGGAAUCUGGGCAACAAUGCCAAAGACCCUCGAGGCACGUAUCAGUGUCAAGGAGCAAAAGAGACGUCAAACGCCCUGCAAGUGUAUUACAGAAUGUGUGAGAACUGCAUUGAGCUAAACAUAGGCACCAUAUCCGGCUUUAUCUUCGCUGAGAUCAUCAGCAUCUUCUUCCUUGCUCUUGGUGUAUAUCUCAUUGCUGGACAGGAUGGAGUUCGCCAGUCAAGAGCUUCAGACAAGCAGACUCUGUUGCAAAAUGAACAGCUGUACCAGCCCCUCAAGGACCGGGAAUAUGACCAGUACAGCCAUCUCCAAGGAAAUCAACUGAGGAAGAAGUGAACUCAGCAGGACUCAGGGUGUCCCCCCUUCUAUCCAGCACCCAGAAUCAAAGCAAUGCAUUUUGGAGAGAGCCCAGUAGAGAGAUUUUUCAACCCUACAGGUUGACUGCAAGCAGAGAGGAAGAGCUGUCAAAGAAAUUUUGGUCUUUUUUUUUUUUUUCCAAAAUAAAAUAAAAGCUUGGGGGAGCCA